AUGAUGCCGACUACUGACUGGAAAUCUAAUGCACCGGAGCACGGCGAAUACACAUUCAUGCUCUUCCAAGCUGACGCUAACACUGCAACCUACGACGACGCCCAAUAUACAGCACCGGCUCCCUCUUCUUCGCUCACCCAAAGUCUCAGCGAUGAAGACAUGCUGGACGAGAUAUUUCAAGAAAUCAUGUCCCCGCAAGACGUGCCGUCGCCGACCACCUGUGGGUUCGGCUCGCCAAACGGCAGCGCUUCGUAUAGCACUGCGCUAUCAUCGACGUCCGGCCUCGCAACUUCGGCAUCUUCCGCUCCGUCUACACCGCAGCUCCACAGUACGCUACGUCGAGGCAGCAUCCCAUCUGCUUCAAUUGGGACCAUCUCACCCAACAUGGCCACGUCUCUGCGUGCCCCGACUUUCCCCGUGAGUCAAACCACAGGAGCCGCUCGCAACAACACGGUGUUCUUCCCCAUGGUGGCUAAUUUCAAGAACGGUCGAGGCAAUCCUACUACCCUUAACGAAGGCUACGCCUCCAUGAUCUUUACUUCGCCGACGGCAGCUAGUCGCCGUAACUACCGACGCACGAGUCGGUCGACUCGUCUGCAGAAGAAAAAACCGGCUUCUCGCAUUUGCCGCAUGUCGGGGUGCACCAAAGGCAUUCGCUCGAGGGGUCUAUGCAAAGCUCAUGGUGGAGGUCGUCGAUGUACGACUCCUGGAUGCGAAAUCAGUGACCAAGGCGGAGGCCACUGCAUCGCACACGGCGGAGGUCGUCGGUGUUCGAUCAGUGGCUGUCAAAAGUCGGCUCAAUCGAAAGGCCUUUGCAAACUCCACGGCGGGGCUCGAUUAUGCCGCUUGCCGGACUGUAACAAGAAUGGCCAGAUCAAGGGACUUUGCCGUCUACACUAUAGCCUCACGUUGGCUGGAAAGAACUCUGUAGCAAUGAAGACAGCAUGUCUUAUGCCAGAGCUCGAGUUACCAAACAGUACUCAAAGUCCGUGUGACUUUGAGCUCCGGGUUUGA